AGGAAGAGGAGCCAGGCCGACGCCACCGAGCCUCCCGCGUAUCGUAUGUUCAGGUCCAAACGCUCAGGGCUUGUGCGGCGACUUUGGAGAAGCCGUGUCACUGCGGACAGCGAAGGCGGCGAUGGGAGCAGCAGCCACGAGCGCGGAGCGCCCGGCAGCAGCCCGGAGAAAAACCCCCCGCCGGAGAUCGGCGCCGUGACGCGGGAGCCCCACGAGCUGCGCGCGGGGCCCAUGGGCGAGCCCGCCGCGCCGGGCCCGUGGUGGGCGCGGGAGGGCGACGGGCGCACCGUGACCUGCUGCCUCUUCACGGAGCGCGAGCCCGGCGGCCCCGCGCCCGACGGCGCCUCCGACGACGGCGGCGGCUCCGCGGAGCGGCGCGGGCGCGAGUCGCGCUCCCGGCUGCUGCUGCUGGAGCAGGAGCUCAAGGCGGUCACGUACUCGCUGCUCAAGCGGCUCAAGGAGCGCUCCUUGGACAGCCUGCUCGAGGCCGUGGAGUCGCGCGGGGGGAUGCCCGGCGGCUGCGUGCUCGUGGCGCGCACCGAGCUGCGCCUGGGCGGCCAGGCCGCGCCGCCGCACCUGCUCCUGGGCAAGCUCUUCCGCUGGCCCGACCUGCAGCACCCGGCCGAGCUCAAGCCCCUCUGCGAGUGCCAGAGCUUCGGCGUCGCCGACGGCCCCACCGUCUGCUGCAACCCCUACCACUUCAGCAGGCUCUGUGGGCCAGAGUCUCCACCACCUCCUUAUUCCCGGCUGUCUCCCAGCGACGAGCAAAAGCCACUGGAUCUCUCCGAUUCCACGUUGUCCUACACUGAAACAGAGGCCACCAACUCGCCCAACGUCACGCCUGGAGACUUCUCAGAUGCCAGCACGUCACCCGAUGCCAUUAAAAGGAGCCAUUGGUGCAACGUGGCCUACUGGGAGCACCGGACUCGCGUUGGCCGCCUCUACACGGUGUACGAACAGUCUGUCAGUAUAUUUUACGACCUACCUCAAGGAAACGGCUUCUGCCUCGGACAGCUAAACCUGGAAAACAGGAGCGAGACUGUGAGAAGGACUCGAAGUAAAAUCGGCUACGGGAUUUUACUGAGCAAAGAGCCGGAUGGCGUGUGGGCCUACAACCGCAGCGAGCACCCCAUCUUCGUCAACUCCCCAACACUGGACAUCCCCAACUGCAGGACUUUGAUCGUGCGCAAGGUCAUGCCCGGCUAUUCCAUCAAGGUGUUCGACUACGAGAAGUCCUGUCUCCUGCAGCACGCCACCGAGCUGGACUACGCGGACGGGCCCUACGACCCCAACAGCGUGCGCAUCAGCUUCGCCAAGGGCUGGGGGCCC